GCAUAAAGGGGAUUUGCAGCCACAGAUUAGUAAUGAGCUCCACACCACUGCUGGCCCUGCUGGGGGUCACCUUCUUGCUGCCCUGUAUGCACGCCUUGGACUGCCAGUGGGCGGCCAUAGAGACUGUGUUGAACACAACACAGAUGCCCGUGGAGUGGACAAAUGGCAAGAAAACCUGUGACUUCGGCGAUGGUUGCCAAGACACCUUAAUGCUCAUAGAGAAUGGACCCCAAGUGAACUUGGUGCUCACAAAGGGCUGCACUUCAGAAGAGGAUCACGAGGUCAGAGUCACGGAGCACAGGACAGGCCCUGGGCUCUCUGUCAUCUCCUACACUCAUGUGUGCCGUCACAGAGACCUCUGCAAUGACCUGUCCUCCUCCGUCCCUCUCUGGUCCCUGCAUACUGAAAAAGGUGUCGGGGGAGUUGGGAGCUCAGGAGGAGGAGAGGGAAGGGGCUGUCUGGAACUCUGGACCUGCCCAGAAGGCUUCUGGACAUGGAUGGCAGCACACCUCACUUGGGUUGAGCAGAGCUGGGGCAGAGGAGGACAUGCGGAGAGGAAGACGAGAAUGGCCUCGUGGUGGUGGUACCAAAGAGGGCUUCCCCAAAGAGAGGUGAUGAUGAUGAUGAUGAUAAUGUCACUGACUUUGGGGGUUGCAGCGAAGAAAGGAGACAAUCAAGCCAAAGAUACUCUGACCUGUAACCGGGGGGUCAUGCUGCAGAUGGGGAGAAAGUUGGCUCAAGACCCCGUUGAAUGGACCUCAUCCACGAACCAGAUGUGUAAUCCUGAGGAGGUGUGUCAGGAGACACUGAUGCUCAUAGACGUAGGACACAGAUCUCUCCUAAUGGGGAGCAAAGGCUGCAGCAAGGCUGGGGCACAGAACUCUCAGGCCGUCUCCUUACACUCCCGGCCACCUGGAGUGCUGGUUGCCUCCUAUGUCCGGGUCUGCUCCUCUGACCUGUGCAACAAUGCCGGCAGCAGCAGUGUCCUGCUGACCUCCCUUCCUAAGCCAGCUGCUCCUGCCCCAGGAGGCCUGCAGUGUCCUGCCUGUGUCCAGUUUCUUGGAUCCUGCUCACAAAGCUCCGACUUAGUUACCUGCCCUAGUGGUGUCACUCAUUGUUAUGAUGGUAACAUUGCUGUCAACGGAGGUGGGUUGACCGCCACACUGAGCAUUCAAGGUUGCAUGGCCCCAGCUUCCAAAUACUUGCUGAACCACACACAGAAUGUUGGGAUCUUCUCUGUACGUGAGAACUUUGAAGAUGAAAACAAGGAGCAAACCCGUACAUCCCCAAGUGGAGUAGCCCGGGCCACACACCUGCUCUGGGUGAUGGGGAUGGGGCUAUUCCUAGCCCUUUGGAAUGGGGGACUUUACCCUCUCUGCUAAAUCCAUCUCCCCAUGAUUCUUAACCUUUCCUGACACCCAAACCCAACAAUUGACCUCACAAUCUAAUGGCCUUGGUCACUGAAUUAUUUUCCCAUCCUCACUCUGUCACCCGGUAAUAUCAUGGUGGGUGGGGCAGGGAGCAGCUGAACUUACCCUGUAGGAGAGGGGACAUGCAAGUACUUGGCCACAUGCAUCUUAUAAUAAAGACACCCUGUCCUUUCUCCUAA